UUCUAGUUAGCGGCAUCUUGCAGGGCGCUUUUGUCCCGUUGCACAGCAUGCAACAGAUGAAAAGAAUUUAUUGUGGCCAUGGUUGGAGGUGGAACGGAAAGAUCCGAGCACGGAUUACGGUAAUCUUAGGCUAGAGACAUUGGAUUUAGGCGAAGCUUCCGAAGAAUAAAUAGGAUAAUCGUUAAACGAUAUUGUCAUCCAAGGUACCGUUGGAGAAACGCAAAACGAGUCGUUGUUUACAACCAUUUUGACAGUCGGUAUAAUGCACGAGGCUUUGUAAACAGAGGACCGGCACAAAGCGGGACAAAACGGCUUUGGAUGUUCCUCAUCUUGGUGCUUUGGUUAGGUUAAUUAAUCUCGACAAAAGAAAAAAACACGAUGGAAAUGAAUAGAAAGGAAAAGUACAAUACCGUCAACUAUGUGACGGGGUUCGCGCAAUGUCUGAUCCGCAAAAAUGCAUUGAUCGACCUGCAGAACGAAACGUCGGUAGCGGGAAAAAUUGUCGCCGUUGAUGGGUUCAUGAACGUGACCAUGGAAAAUGUGGUUUACAUCGACCAGCUUGGCAAGCAGUAUUUGUUGGACAACUUUAUGAUAUACUCGAAGUAUAUUCGCUACAUACACAUUCCGAAAGAGAUGGACAUAAAAGCAUCCUUUAGCGAGUACAUAAAUUCGAUGACGGGAAGGCAAAAGCCGGUCGAUAAGAAGCUCACAUUCAAGCAAAAGCGUGCCAAACUGGCCCAUUACUCAACGCUGGCCGAAAACAAGAUGGUGUGAGCCUACGGUAAUUUGUCCCCAAAAUCCUUUCGGUGAAGAUGUUUUAACGUUUAUUGUCCAUUCGCACACGCUGAAUGAUUUUGCUGUGCUGCAUUCCUGCUUAUGCCUUAAUCUUCGUAUAAAGAAGAUAAAAAUACAAAUGAUGAGUACGGGGGAAAAUACAUAUCGUUCGGUAAUAA